GACGCGGGCUGCGAGCCGGAAGCGAGCUGGGCGCUACAGGCUCCGACGCUCGCGGAGGGGAAGGUGCCAGGCGUUCCCUAGCUGCGCCCCCCAGCCCGGGGCCGCCAGCCCCCAGCCCCCAGCGAUAGUGCCGCAGUGAUGGGGGCUCGGUGCUGCCGGCCAUCCGAUGGCCCCGCGCCCCCUCUGGGGCUGCUGCUCCUGCUCCUGAGCGCGCUGGCCGCGGGUUGUGCCUCCCUGCGGCUCCUGGACCACCCGGCGCCCGUCUGCUCGCAGGAGGGGUUAAACUGCACAGUCAAGAAUAGCACCUGCCUGGAUGACACCUGGAUCCACCCUCGAAACCUGACGCCCUCCUCCCCAAAGAAUGUCCAGGUCCAGAUUCGUCUUACGCACAUGAAGCAUGGAGACCUGGUCCCUGUGGUACACAUUAAGUGGACCCUGCAGACAGAUGCCAGCAUCCUGUUCCUUGAGGGUGCCGAGCUGUCCAUCCUGCAGCUGGACACCAAUGAACGUUUGUGUGUUGAGUUUAAGUUUCUGACCAAACUGAAUCACUUCAAGCGGUGGUAUUUUACCUUUGACCACUUCGUGGUUGAUCCUGGCCAGGAAUACGAGGUGACUGUUCACCACCUGCCCAAGCCCAUCCCUGAUGGGGACCCAAACCACCUGUCCAGGAAUGUUCUCGUGCCUGACUGCAAGGAUCCUGAGAUGAAGAUGACCACGCUUUGUCUGAGCUCAGGCAGCCUGUGGGACCCCAACAUCACUGUGGACAAAUGCGAGGCUGAGCAGCUUCGGGUGAGCUUCACCCUGUGGAACGAAUCCACCCACUACCAGAUCCUGCUCAGCAGCUUUCCACACGUGGAGAACCUCAGCUGCUUUGAGAGUGUCCUUCAAAUACCGGCGUCUUCUGCGGGUUGCGCUGGUGCACAGAGGCUCAGGUCCCCCAGCAGCAGCAUCGUGGAUGUGCUGCCGGAAGUUCUUACUCAGCCCGCAUCUCCACCCUUUCCUCUCCAGCCCGGAGAAGAAAACUUCCAUCAGCGGACCAACGUUACUUUCCCCAUUCCCCACUCCGACUGGUGCUGUCGCCACCAAGUGCAGGUCCAGCCUUUCUUCAGCACCUGCCUGAAUGACUGUCUCAGAUACUCUGUGACUGUCUCCUGCCCAAAAGUGCCGCCGACCCCAGACUUCAUUGCAGAUCACAUACCCCUCUGGGGAUACAUCUUCAUCACGGGCGUCUCCAUCCUGCUGGUGGGCUCAGUCAUCCUGAUGACCCUGUGCCUCACAUGGAGGCUGCCAGGGUCUCAUCGUGAGAAGUCCGAUGAUGGCACCAAAGGCACUGAUGUCCUGCCAGCAGCUGCCCUGAGCCCCCCACCGCUGAAGCCCAGGAAGGUCUGGAUUGUCUACUCAGCUGACCACCCUCUCUAUGUAGAUGUAGUCUUGAAGUUCGCCCAGUUCCUGCUCACCACCUGUGGCACUGAAGUGGCUCUUGACCUCCUGGAAGAGCAGGUCAUCUCAGAGGUGGGGGUGAUGACCUGGGUAGGCCGCCAGAAGCAGGAAAUGAUGGAGAGCAACUCCAAAAUCAUCAUCCUAUGUUCCCGAGGCACCCAGGCCAAGUGGCAGGCUAUCCUGGGCUGGGAGGAAGCUGCCGUCCAGCUGCGGUGUGACCACCAGAAGCCCACUGGGGACCUUUUCACAGCGGCCAUGAACAUGAUCCUGCCUGACUUCAAGAAGCCAGCCUCCUUCGGCACCUACGUCAUCUGCUACUUCACGGGCAUCAGCAGCGAGGACGAUAUCCCUGACCUCUUCAACAUCACCCCAAGGUACCCUCUCAUGGACAAGUUUGAGGAAGUAUACUUCCGCAUCCAGGACCUGGAGAUGUUUGAGCCUGGCCAGAUGUGCCGUGUCAGGGAGCUGGCAGAAGACAGCUACCUGCAAAGCCCCAGCGGCAGGCAGCUCAGGGGGGCCGUGGAAAGGUUCCAGCAGUGGCAAAUCCAGUGCCCCGACUGGUUUGAGCGUGAGAGCCUUCGCUCAACCCAUGACCAGGACCUCUCGUCCCUGGAUGAAGAAGUAUUUGAAGACCCACUGCUGCCACCAGGGGAAAGAAUUGUCAGGCAGAAGCCCCUGGUGAGGGAACCUGCCCCCAAGGGCUGUCAGCUGGUAGAUGUGUGCCUCCGAGAGGAAGGAAGAGGACCAUCAAAGCUGCAGCUGCAGCCUCUGGGGGAGCUUGAGGCUGGGGCCCUGAGGGCCCUGGUGCUGCCCGUGGAACAGGUCCCUGUGGCUCACGCAGUGAAACCAGCCCAGCGCGUUGUUGGGAGCAGCACAGCCAACCGGCUGGUGGUCGUAGAAGGUGAGGCCUGCCCUCUGCUGGGGGGCAGCAGCCCACGGCGGAACAGUGUCCUCUUCCUACCCGUGGACCCCGAGGACUCACCCCUCUGCAGCACUCCAGUGGCAUCACCAGAGCACCUGGGUGAUGGGAGGGAGCAGCUGGAAGGCCUGAUGUUCUCACUCCUGCAGCAGAGUCUGAGCAGCCGGGCCCAUGAGGGUUGGGAGGAAGCUAUCGCGGUCCUCAAGGACCCCUGCACACAUUAUGAGGAGGAGCAGCGGCAGUCGGUGCAGUCUGACCAAGGCUAUAUCUCCAGGAGCUCCCCGCAGCCCCCAGAUGGACCUGUAGAAAUGGAAGAGGAGGAGGAGGAAGAUCAGGACCUGCGGAAGACAGGUGAGCAACUGUCUCCUGAGGAUCUGCAGACUCUGAGAAGCCUCCAGCAGCAGCUUUUCUUCCAAGAGCUCCAGAAGAACUCUGGCUGGGACAGCAGAGGAUCAGAGAGGCCAACUGCAGGUGGACAGUCCCCCUCUUAGGCCUCCUGGUCCUGGGCCUGGAGACAGUGUACAUGUACACAGGAGUGUGCAUGAGUGUGUAUAUGUAUAUAUUUAUUUUCGAAGUGUAGACAUCUUAGCAGGGUGCAAUGACCCAUGCCUAUAUUCCCAAUUGUUUGGGAGUCUGAGGUAGUAAGCAUGCUUCAGUUUAGCCAGGUAACAUCGGGAGACCUGUCUCAAAAAUAAGUCAGUGGGCUGGGGAUUUAGCUCCACAGCAUAAGCACCUGCCUGGUAAGCAUGAGCUCAUGAGGUCAAUCCCUGGUACCAGAAAAAAGUCAGUAAAAUAAAAUGAAUACUUCCUA